UCGGCCCGGGCGGUACCCACCUCCACCCUGCACCCCUUCUUCCCGCCCUGCGCCAUGAACACCAACGUCUGCGUGGAGCCCGGGCCGAGCCCGGAGGCGCCGGGCCUCCCCAAGGACAGCCACCUGCCCGAGGGGGCCCUCAACAGCCUUGUGGAUUACAACUCGGAGAUGGAGCGCUACCGCUCCUUCGCCAGCUCCUUCUACAAGACGGGCGGGGGCGCCUUCCCGCAGGCCGCCAAGAUUGCGCGCAUCACCACCCCCAUCUUCCCAGGCAGCGCCGCCGCCGCCGCGGCCGCCGCGCGCAUCGGCAUGUCCGGCGGCCGGACCCCCGUGCACCACCGGAACGACUCCCCGCGGCUGGGCAAGGCGGGCUGCGCGCCCGAGCCGGCGCUGCAGAUGGCGAACACGAACUUCCUCUCCGGCCUGUCCCCUGAGCACUGCAGGCCGCUGGCCGGCGAGUGCAUGAACAAGCUCAAGUGCGGCGCGGCCGAGGCCGAGAUCAUGAACCUGCCCGAGCGCGUGGGCACCUUCUCCGCCCUGCCGGCCCUGGGGGGCCUCUCGCUGCCCCCGGGCGUCAUCGUCAUGACGGCGCUCCCCUCCCCCGCCGCCGCCUCGGCCGCCGUCUCGGACAGCGCGUUCCAGAUCGCCAACCUGGCGGACUGCCCGCAGAGCCACUCGUCGUCGUCGUCGUCGUCGUCGGGGGGCGCCGGCGGGGCCAACCCCGCCAAGAAGAAGAGGAAGCGCUGCGGGGUCUGCGUGCCCUGCAAGAGGCUCAUCAACUGCGGCGUCUGCAGCAGCUGCAGGAACCGCAAAACGGGACACCAGAUCUGCAAAUUUAGGAAAUGCGAAGAGCUAAAGAAAAAACCCGGCACUUCGCUAGAGGUCAGAGGAGAUGAUUUCUUGUUUCCCAGUCUGCCCCCCUCCCUCCUCACCCCCCUCUCCCCUCCCCUCCAGGGCUUCUUGUCGGCCUUCAAGACGCAGUGCCCCUUCCUGCAGCCUCCCGCAGGGGGGAUGAAUUCUCUGGACGCCAUGCUUUCCAGCAGCCGGAAGGAGAGCGGGGCUGCAGGCUUCCCCUGGGCCUCGGGGAGCAGGCCGCUGUGUUGUGUCUACACCUGCAGGAGCAGUGAAGGCCGCCUUACACACUGCUGA